AAAAUCUUCUUGUUGAUUACCCCUUAUUUCAAAGUAGAUACAUACAUAACACUUCUAAAACCCUGUUCUUUUAAGUUGUUCUGCUCUACUCUGCUGAAAGCUGUUCUAUUUUGCUAAAAUCUAUUCUGCUCUAUUCUGUUCAACUCUGCCCAGAAGUUCAAAAGAACAGGACCUAAGUUCUAAGUUAUAACUUGUUUGAAACAUCAUUUCAUAUUUUCAUUCAUGUUGGUCGACUUGUACACUACGGCCCUCCUUUCUCUUAAGUCUGUCAUUUUAACACACCACUCUCCCACGUGAACUCCUACUCUGCAUGUGACCCCACUUUAGAUCCUCCGUAUCCAAUCUCUGGACCCCACUCCCCUCUCUUCAUUCUCUUUCCUUCCUUCCACGUGUCCCCCCUUCCUCCCCAACAUGUGACUCUCCACGUGUCACCUCUUCUGUCCUAUGUAUAUAUUCACUACCAACACCCCCAUUUUUAAUCUAGCCCAUUUCAUUUAUGAACUUCUCUUCCCGUUAAAAAAAAAAAAAAAAAAAAAAAAAACAGAAAAACAAACAAACCUUCUGAAAAAUCUGACCCAUUAUUAUUUUCUCUCUCCUCAUCUUCCUCGUAUCUCUCAAUCCUAUAUCAGAAUCUCUGCAUGUUGUUUCGUUGCCUAAAUCUUUAAAGUGUUAUUAUCCUACGCCAACAGAUUUUCUCUUCUUUUCUUCUCCUUUAUAUAUACCCCUCUUAAACACUCCUUUCUUAAACCAACUCCAAAAAUUACAACAUCUAACAAAACUAAAAAAUAGAGAGGAAAAAAAAAUGGCAACAAAGUUAUUUUUGAUUGCAAUAGCAAUAUACAGAUUGAUAGUUACGGUGGGGCUAACGACUUUAGGCCCCACCGAGUUACUCCAUCUCAGCACGGAUGAGGUGGAGUCGGCGUCCGUGGAUUUCGGACGCCUUACUCGGACGGAACCCGUAGCUGUGUUCCGUCCGAGGUCCGACGUUGACGUGGCGGACCUUGUUAAGACCGCCACAUCAACGUCAGGGUUUACCGUGUCUGCCCGUGGACAUGGACAUUCCAUCAACGGGCAGGCACACACGGCGGACGGGGUGGUGGUAGAGAUGGGGAGAAGGAGGGAUGGUAGAAAUGGGCCGAGUGGGCCCAAAGUGAAUGUCAGAGAAGAGUAUGUUGAUGUGUGGGGAGGGGAGUUAUGGGUGGAUGUGCUGAGGUCUACAUUAGAGUAUGGACUCGCACCUAGAUCAUGGACUGAUUAUUUGUAUCUAACGGUUGGUGGAACGUUGUCUAAUGCUGGAAUUAGCGGUCAAGCUUUUAAUUUUGGACCUCAAAUUAGUAACGUCUUUGAGCUUGAUGUUGUUACAGGAAAAGGAGAGCUUAAGACAUGUUCCGAGAAAAUGAAUUCGGAGUUGUUUCAUGCCGUGUUAGGAGGUCUUGGCCAAUUUGGUAUCAUCACUCGUGCUAGAAUCGCCCUUGAACCUGCUCCACAACGGGUGAGCUGGAUAAGGGUGUUAUACUCCAAUUUUACGGCAUUUACUAAGGAUCAAGAGUACCUAAUAUCGUUGCAUGACAAACCAAGUAGUCAAAAAUUUGAUUAUGUGGAAGGUUUUGUUAUUGUUGAUGAAGGUUUAAUUAAUAAUUGGAGGUCCUCAUUUUUCUCACCGAAAAACCCCGUCAAGAUUUCCUCCCUUGGUGCCUCUAAUAAUGGAGAUGUCUUAUAUUGCUUGGAGAUCACCAAGAACUACUUCGAUUCUUCCAAAUCUGUUGAUCAGGAAAUUGAUGCAUUAUUGAAAAAUCUUGACUUUAUACCAGCUUCAGAAUUCACAACCGAUCUACCCUACGUCGAUUUCUUGGACCGGGUUCACAAAGCCGAGUUGAAACUCCGGUCCAAGGGUUUGUGGGAGGUUCCACACCCUUGGUUAAACCUAUUUGUCCCUAAGUCAAGGAUUGAUGAAUUUGACAAAGGAGUUUUCAAGGGCAUUUUGGGCAAUAAAACUAGUGGACCUAUUCUCAUCUAUCCCAUGAACAAACACAAGUGGGAUGAAAGAACUUCGGUUGUGACACCGAAUGAAGAGGUGUUUUACCUGGUAGCCCUGCUUAGGUCGGCACUUGAGAAUGGGGAAGAGACACAAACCCUAGAGUACUUGACCGAUCAAAACCGAAGGAUUUUGAAGUUUUGUGAGGAGGCGAAGAUUGGUGUUAAGCAAUACUUGCCUCACUACACCACACAACAAGAGUGGAUUAACCAUUUCGGUGACAAAUGGGACCAUUUUUACAAAAUGAAGAUGGAAUUCGAUCCUAAGCGUAUAUUAGCAACCGGACAACGCAUUUUCGAAUCAAUUAUCGAUGUUAAUGAUGUUGCUUUGAGAUAACUAAACUAGUAUCAUACCAAUAUACCACAUUUAGUCAGAUUAGUACCACCAAUUAAGCAUGACGUAGCUAGGUUGCUGACUUGAAUAUAUAGUUUGUACAUACAAUUAACUAGGGAUUAGUCAGAAUAGGGAUUUAUUAACAAAGUAUUUAAGUAAAAAUGUUACUAUUCUCAUCAAAUUUCUAAUAUUUCUUUUUUCACGGCACA